AUGGCGACGUUAUCCAGCGCCCUGGCCUCGAGGUCGUCCCCCAAGAUUGACACGGUUUCCAAUGGACCGAUUUCGAGUCUCCAGCCGUUCGGGUCGCUGCUCCUCGUCACGAGUAUUAUCAUCGUCGUACUCCUCACCAACAUCCUCGAGCGCAAGCUGCUCCAAGUCGUCUACGGCAAAAUUUACACGGAUCUGCAGCGCCCCGAGAGCGAAAGGCGCCGCCGCUCUUUCACGUACUACCAUGUCGGCGCCAUCACCAUGUUCACCCUCCUCUGCAUUGGGGCCUACCCCGUCAUGCGCUUCCUCAUCGGGUCUGCGACCCUGUCUACGGAUCUAGUCCCAGGCCCGGGAAGUCGGAUCCGCGUCGGAGACCUUCUAUUCGCGAUUUCUCAGACCUACAGCGCGUACUACGCGUUUGAACUAUGCUAUCGCACCCAGUUCGCGAGCGCCCUCAGCAUUGCCCACCAUAUCGGGCUUUUGGCCAUAACGCAGACGGCGCUUUCUCUUUUCGGCAAUUACAAAAAGCACCCUGAAGCCACAAUAGAAUUCUACAUGUGUAUGGUCUGGGGUACUUUUGAUGUCAUCGUCGAACUACCCGUCUACAUCACAAUGAUCAUCUGGCGCAUCAGACGCAACGACCAUCGGCUGCUAUCAUAUCUCUCUGCUGGACUUUGCAUCUGGGUUCUUGUCGGUGCCACGGCCGAGGUCUCUGUCACAAUCUACCUUCUUCACAAGUCCUGGGACAGGUGGGGUCACGCAUGGAGGUUCAUCACGCCUUUCAUCUUCACUCUGUGGAUUGCGACACAGCUGUACGGCGCUACGAGGCUGUUUGCGAUGUCGCAGUCAGAACGGCGCAAAUGCAAGGAGACGCCACGAGGGUCCGAGCCCAUAGCCGAGCUGCCGGGAUUGAUGGACGAAGUAGAAAACGCCGCCCAAGAGGAAUCCAAGAGCAAAGCGGUCUGA